AGCAAACGAGGGUGGUGCUGCGUCGCCGAGGUGAGCUUGGAUUUGCAGGCUAUGGCGGUGGUUUUCCAUGGACUCCCUAGAUCUUGCACGGGAACUUUCGUCUCCACCUCUCUAUCCCACCGAUGUCUGAGAGGGCUAUUUCACGCCUCUCGGGGUACACUGGCGCCACCACUGGAAGGAAUCCGGCCCACCCAGAACCAGUCGACUGAGGGGAUUGUGAAUUGAGGUUUUGCAGCUCCGAAUGAUUCGAAUUCGAGCAAUGGCAACGUUGUCGAGGAUUUCGCUUGCGGUGCCGCUUGGUGGCGGAGGUCUGCGGCAGAACGGGGAUGCGUUGAGGAUGGCUAGUCUUGUUGUUCCUGUGUCGGGGAAUAUGGUGCAGUCUCUUGCGAGAGUGAGGUUGUUCAGUCAAUUUCGUGGUACGCAGCUCGGUAAUGUCAAACGCGUUGCGCCUGAGCUGAAACGGGGAACGAAUUUUGAGGGAUCAAUUCGGAGGUCGCAUGGACGCGCUGUUGCGUACACUGGAGAGGAGUCGAUGCGCGAGACGCAGGGCUUGGAGAGUCUCAAAGCUAGCCAGAUCAAGAAGGUUUUAGACGCCGGAAAAGUUGAUUAUCGUGACUGCCUUGAAAGGAACGAGUUGGUUGAGCGGUUGAAGGAUACCAAGAAUUUCAUAACUCCUGCUGCUCAACAGCUUUUGCAACGGAUCCUCUGCGGGGAAGACGAUGAAGAGCUCUCCGCAUCCUUAUUACAGGAAGUCCCGAAUCUUGUGGAAGGUUGGUGGCUAGAAGCAGAGCGCAACACUGUGAAGGUGUUUCAAGAGUGCAGUCCCUCAGUGGCGAACAUCUCAACAUCAACCACUGCAACUAUUGGCAUGUCCAUGAAUCCUGUCGAAAUACCGAGAGGUACAGGAAGUGCAUUUGUGUGGGACGCCGAGGGGCAUGUCGUCACCAAUUACCACGUCGUUAUGAACGGGAAUAAAGCGAAGAUCACUCUUUCGGAUGCAAGCACUUGGGAGGGCACGGUUGUGGGAGUUGCGAAGAACAAGGAUCUUGCGGUGCUGAAAAUUGCUGCCCCUGCCUCCAGGUUGAGGCCCAUUGUUGUCGGAUCAUCACAGGCCUUGCAAGUAGGGCAACACGUAUUAGCAAUCGGGAACCCAUUUGGUUUGGACAGGACUUUGACGAGUGGCAUCAUCUCUGGAGUUGGGCGAGACAUUCGGUCAAUAGGAGGCGCCAUGAUUCGAGGUGUUGUUCAAACCGACGCGUCCAUCAAUCCUGGAAACUCUGGAGGCCCUCUUCUGGAUAGUCAAGGGCGAUUGAUCGGAGUGAAUACUGCCAUAUACUCCCCAUCUGGUGCGAGUGCCGGAAUCGGAUUUGCGAUUCCUGUCGACACGGUGCGCAGGGUGGUCAAUGAGCUGAUAAGGAAAGGAAAAGUUUCGAGACCAGGCUUAGGCAUCAUGUGUGCGAGUGACAGCCAAGCCAAGCAACUUGGAGUUAAUGGCGUGUUGGUUUUUGGAUUAAGUGAGAACGGUGCCGCUGCGAAGGCCGGCCUCUUACCCACGAAGCGAGAUCUUUUCGGCAGAAUCGAACUUGGGGACAUUAUUGUCGCUAUCAAUGGCCAAACCCUAAGUCGCGUAGAUGAUUUAGUAGCCGCUUGCGAUGAGCGCCAAAUCGGAGACAGACUACGGGUUACCGUGAAGAGGGGCACAAUGGUUCGGGACGUCUACAUCACACUGCAAGAAAUCGACGAGUAAACUUGCACAUAACUUCGUCAUCAGUUGUAUCAGUUCCUUGUGGUCGCGCAGCCACGGAAGCCACAUUACACCCUGUAACAAAACCCACCCAAAGAUUGGAGAGCGCCGGAUUCUCGGUGCAGAUUGCGCCGACAUUCUUCAGGUCGUAGCUUGUGAAACAAAUCACACGAUUGGGCGCGACCUCGAGAAGACCCAAUCGAUGGAUCUGAGGACAGUGAGCCAAAACGUCGACAACGCCAGAUCGAAGAAGCUGCAGUGAAUUUACCCAUCCAACUAGAUUGAGGAUAGUACUCAUUCUAAUAAAAUGCGAAUUCUAGACAUAACCAUUUUUGUGUGGUGAAUAUCAAACUUUUUACUUUGGUGAACAGUGAAAUAACAGUGAUUUUGAAUUACAUUCCAAAAUUUAUUUUAAUACUAAA